GGCUUAAGUUAGUAACAGGAAUUUACCAUGUUUUCCUUCUCAUUGUCUAUUCCAAGAAAAAUUGUCCCCGUCUUCCCUCUGAAGUCACCAUCUGGUGAUUUAGGUGGUAAAUGAAAAUGGAUUUAUAACCACUGAAGCCUGCCUCAUAUUUUAUUUCUAAUUCUGAGACGAGGAGACAAGAUUAACAUUAUCUGUAGCUGUGGUGCUUGCAAGGGCAGUAUUAUUCCGAGACGUUGGCUGCUCAUGACAAACUGAUGUUUCAGUUGUGUGUAGAGCAUUAAACUACACAGGGAGCGCCUCAUACUCUGUAUUGUAUUUGAUUGGAGCUUCUUGAGUGCUUUGGCAAAUCCUUCCUAAUUUUAAACUUCUAACUUUCCUAAUUCUUUCCAAGUUCUAAACUUUUGGAAUUUCCAUUCCUUUCCUAUAAUUUUCCUUAUCACUUCAGGGCCACUUAAGAUGAUGUGGGCCAGCUCCUUAUAGACAAAAAGCUUUUGCUUUUCUGACUGGAGUUCACAAGGGCAUUUUGGAAACACAGGGAUUAGAGUUGUGUGGUUCAAAAUAGACGUUUGGUGACAACAGCAAACUGGGUUUUGUGUAUAUCUGGCGGAUUAGCCCUCUUCUCCAACCACCUCCCUGCAUUUAAGAAUAACAGAAAAAUGCCGGACUCAGGGAAACACUGAUCAAUCUGAGAGGAGCCGCCUAUCACGAGGGCCCAGCACCAUGUGACCUGCCCAGCACCACGUGGCCUGCUGCUCAUCGCUGCAGGCCUUAGUCAGAGGCAAAGGGUUCCUGAUUGGUGGGUUUCCUGCAGCAGCAGGUUUUAGCCUGAACUGUAGCAGGCCUUUGCAACUUCCACGUUUUUUGAGAAGCCUGACAGAGAUAGAAUGUCCAAGGACGAUUCCUUGAACAAUGCUUCUGGAGACCAUGGGGACACUGCUAGUCUUGGUGCCAUUAACCCUGCCUACAGUAACUCCUCUCUUACCCAGUCCACUGGGCACUCAGAGGAGCCCUUCACCACCUACUUUGAUGAGAAGAUUGCCAUUCCUGAGGUUGAGUAUUCGUGUUUUAGCUUUCGGAAACUCUGGGCUUUCACGGGACCAGGCUUUCUUAUGAGCAUUGCCUACCUGGAUCCAGGAAACAUUGAAUCUGACUUGCAGUCUGGAGCAGUGGCUGGAUUUAAGUUGCUUUGGGUCCUUCUUUUGGCCACCAUUGUGGGGCUCCUGCUCCAGCGCCUUGCAGCUAGACUAGGAGUGGUCACUGGGUUGCAUCUUGCUGAAGUGUGUCACCGGCAGUAUCCUAAGGUUCCUCGUAUUAUCCUGUGGCUGAUGGUGGAGUUGGCUAUCAUUGGCUCAGAUAUGCAAGAAGUCAUUGGCUCAGCCAUUGCCAUCAAUCUCCUGUCUGUGGGAAGAGUUCCUCUGUGGGGUGGAGUUCUCAUCACCAUUGCAGAUACUUUUGUAUUUCUCUUUUUGGACAAAUAUGGCUUGCGGAAGCUAGAAGCGUUUUUUGGCUUUCUCAUCACUAUUAUGGCCCUCACAUUUGGAUAUGAGUAUGUUACAGUGAAACCCAGCCAGAGCCAGGUACUCAAGGGCAUGUUCGUGCCAACCUGUUCAGGCUGUGACACCCAACAGAUCGAACAGGCUGUGGGCAUCGUGGGAGCUGUCAUCAUGCCACACAACAUGUACCUGCAUUCUGCCUUAGUCAAGUCCAGACAAAUAAACCGGGCCAAUAAGCGAGAAGUUCAAGAAGCCAAUAAGUACUUUUUCAUUGAAUCCUGCAUUGCUCUCUUUGUUUCCUUCAUCAUCAAUGUCUUUGUCGUCUCAGUCUUUGCUGAAGCAUUUUUUGGGAAAACCAACGAGCAGGUGGUUCAAGUCUGUAAAAACACUAGCAUUGCCUGGACUGGCCUCUUCCCUGACAAUAAUUCAACGCUGACUGUGGAUAUUUACAAAGGGGGUAUUGUGCUGGGAUGUUACUUUGGGCCUGCUGCACUCUACAUCUGGGCAGUGGGAAUCCUGGCUGCAGGACAGAGCUCCACCAUGACAGGAACCUAUUCUGGCCAGUUUGUCAUGGAGGGAUUCCUGAACCUAAGAUGGUCACGCUUUGCCCGAGUGAUUCUUACCCGCUCUAUUGCCAUCGUCCCCACUUUGCUUGUCGCUAUCUUCCAAGAUGUACAGCAUCUGACGGGAAUGAAUGACUUCCUGAAUGUGCUGCAGAGCUUACAGCUUCCCUUUGCUCUCAUACCCAUCCUCACACUUACGAGUUUGCGUCCGGUAAUGAGUGACUUUGCCAAUGGAAUAGGCUGGAGGAUUGCAGGCGGAAUCUUGGUCGUUACCGUCUGUUCCAUCAACAUGUACUUUGUAGUUGUUUAUGUCCAGGAACUAGGGCAUGUGGCGUUGUAUGUGGUGGCUGCUGUGGUCUGCGUGGCUUAUCUGAGCUUUGUGUUCUACUUGGGUUGGCAAUGUUUGAUUGCACUGGGCAUGUCCUUCCUGGACUGUGGGCACACGGUAAGCAUCUCUAAAGUCCUGAUGACCGAAGAAACCACCAAGAGCUAUACUGAGUAAACACUGACUGGAUCAGUUUGUCUGUUCUCCGCAGGUAGCCAUCAGAGCCAGUGUGUUUCUAUGGUUUACUGUGUGAAUAUAGCCAAAAGCAUAUGCUGUUGCAUAGAGACCACUUAGGACUCAACUGUUUGUUAGGAAAGACUUUGUUUCAUACAUAUUUGAAAGAUGAAACUUACUUUCUUCCUCUCCUACUAACCUAGGAACUGGAUUAGGUAGGAUCUUUGAAAAGCUGACAUUUGCUGCUCUCACUCCAACACUGAACUCUUACUUAGCUGCUCAAGGGCCAGCUUGUUUGAUCCUUUUGGGAGAUAAUCCUCCAUGCUUCUUAACCAGGCUGUAUAUUAAAAAACAUCAUAUUUGGGAAAUGCAGUAAAUUUUUCACAAUAUAAACUACAGUAUGGGUGUGCAAAUUUAAUCAUAUAAUGAUGGACUUUAAAAAGCUGAGAAAUACUUUUUUUUUGCAUACCCUUUUACUUAUGUUAAUUAUAAAAUAUAAAAACUCAGCUACAGUAGUUUUAUCCAUAUUAAGUAUAAAAUGAAGAGAUCUCUACCUCUGUCAGGCUCAGGAUUGUUUUAAUUUUGUCCCACUUUAAAUUUCUCAGUGGAAGUUGACAGAGGUGAGAAAGCAUAAAGAAGGUGGAAAAUCGAUAAAUAGCAAAACUCAUCUGUAGGUGGUGGUUACUACUUACCUUCUGAGGAUUUUCCUCAGUGAGUGUGAAAUCUUAAAAGGAUUUUCUUGGGAGUCCUGAGUUUAAUAACCUUCAUGUUAGUAUAGGGCUUUCCUGAUGAUAUUUCCUCUCAGGCACAUAAUUGUAAAACCUUCAUCGUCCUCCUUCAGGAGGGGGGUGAUAGAAGAAGAUGGUAGGAUUCAUAAACUGGAGUUCUCAUGAGACUUUGGGUACAUGGAAAGGGUGGGGAGAAAAGACUCAGACGGAGAAGAAGAGCCGUCUUGUUUAUUCCUAAAGGCCACCUCUCAGCAGAAUCAUGUUUUUGUCUGAAGCAUCAUCCUGCUUCUUGUCCAAGAUGACUUGCAAGGCAGUCUCAGAGCUAUGGACCUAAACAUUGCAAAGCUCGCUCUCAACAAGGUUGAACUGGCCUACCUCCCUUCACCUAUUCCCUUAUAGGGAAAAACUUUGAGACCAGAUGGUGGAGCUCUGGAGUCAGAGGAAAUGUGUUUUCAGCAUGAAGCUACAACUCUUAUUUCAGCCACUUCUGACAUUUUUACAUGUGGAGCCUGAAACUACGUGAUUAUCUCAAGUCAAAUCACGUUUGUCCGGUGGAGAUAA